UCCGGGGCUGGGUUUUGCUUUAAGGCGAAACGUAAUUAACCCGGAAAAAAGAGCCGAGAGACAAGAGAAAAGGAGGGGGCGGGGUGGGGGGAGAGGAGCGAGAGGAGCGAGAGGCACCGAGAGUUUGGCAGCGAGAUAAAGAAAUCCCCCGAGAGCGCCGGCCCCGCGGGCCGGAGGGGCGCGUCCUACCCCGAUGUGACACACGCACCCUGCCCGAGCCCCGGCCCCUGCGCGGCGGGGGUGAUGCGAGCAGAGCCCAGGAAUGCCUUAUGUGGAUCGGCAGAACCGAAUCUGUGGGUUCCUGGACAUCGAGGAGAAUGAGAACAGUGGCAAGUUUCUGCGGAGGUACUUUAUUCUGGACACCCAGGCCAACUACCUUCUCUGGUACAUGGACAACCCCCAGAACCUGGCAAUUGGGGCAGGAGCCGUUGGAUCUUUGCAGCUGACCUACAUCUCGAAGGUGAGCAUAGCUACCCCAAAGCAGAAGCCAAAGACUCCGUUUUGCUUUGUCAUCAAUGCCCUCUCUCAGCGGUAUUUUCUUCAAGCCAAUGACCAGAAAGAUCUGAAGGACUGGGUUGAAGCCUUGAAUCAAGCCAGCAAAAUCACUGUACCCAAACAGGGGAACAUGCCCCUGGCGACGGAAGUUCUCAAAAACCUAACAGUUCCCCCGGCCCUCGAGAAGAAGCCACAGGUGGCCUACAAGACAGAGAUCAUCGGAGGGGUAGUGGUGCACACACCCAUCAACCAGAAUGGUGGGGAUGGGCAGGAAGGGAGUGAGCCGGCGUCCCACGCCAUCCUUCGAAGGUCUCAGAGUUACAUCCCCACGACAGGCUGCCGGGUCCCCACCGGCCCUCCCCUCAUUAAGAGUGGCUACUGUGUGAAGCAAGGGAACGUGCGGAAGAGCUGGAAACGUCGCUUCUUUGCGCUCGACGACUUUGCGAUCUCCUACUUCAAGUGUGAGCAGGACCGAGAACCGCUGCGCACUAUCUUUCUCAAGGAUGUUCUCAAGACCCAUGAGUGUCUGGUCAAAUCUGGUGAUCUCCUGAUGAGGGACAACCUGUUUGAAAUCAUCACAAGCUCCAGGACCUUCUACAUACAGGCGGACAGUCCAGAAGACAUGCACAGCUGGAUUAAGGAGAUCAGGGCAGCUGUCCAGGCCCUCAAGUGCCACCCCAGAGACCUAUCCUUUUCUCGAUCCAUUUCUUUGACCCGCCCUGGAAGCUCCAGCCUCUCCGGCGGGCCCAACUCUGUCUUCGGCAGGGGGCGGCCGCCUGUGGAAGAGAAGAAGGCCCUCUGCAAAGCCCCCUCUAUGGCCUCCUCCUGGCAACCCUGGACGCCCGUCCCCCAGGCCAGAGAGAAGCUCCAGGUGGCUGAAGAGACUCCUGAGGACUCUUUGUUCACGUCUCGACUUGGGGAGAGCAAUACGUCUGGGGUAUUGCCCAGCUCCCGGAUAAGGCACCGAUCAGAACCCCAACACCCCAAGGAGAAACCAUUUAUGUUCAACCUCGAUGAUGAGAACAUACGGACUUCUGAUGUGUGAUGAGGCGCAGUGCGCUGGGAGGGUGGGGUGGGAAGGACUCAAGAGGAGGAGGCCGUGACUCAGUUUCCCUGUCUGUUGGAGGAUAGUCAGAAGUCUUUAUACCACUCAUAUUCCUGUGGAUGCUAUGUGGGAGGGGCCCAUCCAGCUGGCUUUUAUACAAAAAAUCAGUGCAGGGUAUUUAAUUUGGGAAAAUCACUAGGUUAGACCUGUAGGCAUGCUCAGUGGAGAGCAGGCGGACUCUUGUUCGACUGUUGCAAGGUCACCCUAGUGAGAGGAGGUUGGAAUUCCAAUCUCGUCCCCAACUAAGUUUUAUUUGCUUGUCCUUGUUUUAGCUCCUUCCCUUUGUUGUCAGGACAGGCACAGAAUCUUAGGCCAGUGAUCUGGUUUUAUCCUAUUCCUGUUUUUUGGCCAAAGUUUGACUGUGAAGUAGAAGGGUGGCAACUAACCCACCUGAAAGGAGGGAGGAGUGGGGGAUGAGCCAGGCUCCACUUGACCGGGGUUCAUUUUGAGGGGAGGUGUGACAAUCUGGGGGCUGGCCGAUGACCCUCAGAAUGUCUGCCAGGGCAGAUCCCCUGGGAACCCCGCAGGGGGAGACAUAGAGACCUCUUGUAAGGCAAGGGGAAUGAUUCACUUAGUGCAGCAGUUUUGAGAAUUACUCCGUUCUUGUUUAGAUGUGCUUUGACCCCAAAUACUGUCAGUGUGAGGGACAGACCAGCCCAACCUGGUUUCUGUGUCCGGCCCCCAGGGAUGGGCUUAUCAGUGUUAAAUGUUAUGACGACUGAGAACAGAGCAGACAUUUCUCUUGAUGUGGUGUUAUGUUGGGAUGUGUGGAAGGUUGAUAUGUAUGUGAUAAUUCACUUGUGUGAUAGAUCAGAUCUCUGUUUUAGAGUUUUAGAUUUGCUUUGAAAUAGGUGCCGGGAAGAGAUGGAUUAGAGUUCACCAAGCUAAGUUUUUUGGAUCCAUGUUUUCCAGACAUAAGGAAAGGUCUGUUUUAGCAGAGACAGGUUGUCUUGAAUCCUUGCCUCACAGCUCUUUUUUGAUGGGCCAAUAUUAGUCUAAAUUUCAGUGCUGUAAUAGUGUAUACCCUGGCAGGUUGCUUUCUUUUUAUUCUUUGUGUUGCCCUUUGAGUGAAACCUUGUGUAUUUGCAUGAUCCGACCUUGUAAUCUGAUGCAGUUCCAUGUAGUUAAGAGCAGAGAGAUGCAAAGAUAAUCUUGAUAGAUAUUUAUAUUUUUAAUAAAAUAGAAACUGCAUAGAAACAUUGAUUUAGAGGCUAUGUAUCACCAACUAGAGAUUUCCUAGGUAGAAGAGCAUAGAUGGCAUUUUCCACCCAAAUUUUAGGGUGUGCCUUCUCUCAUUUGACAAAAGGGUACUAUUUCUGGGGUUCCUGGGAGGAUUCGUCUGUCCAAUUUACAUGGUGAAUUGCUACUGGGAACUUAUCAGGGUCCCCUAAAGGGAGAGAAAACAUAACUCAUUUUUGUCUAUAACUUUUAUCAGCUAGAUCAACUAAUUAUAUCUUUAAAUUAAAAAAUUAAUGACUAGCAGAAGAGGCUAAGAGAAGCUUUUUUCACCUAAGUAAAUCCCUUUCCCUCCUUAUGUCCAAAUCGAAUGCAGAGGCAAAAAGAUGUGACCAGAGAAUCCUUAGUGACUUGAGGGAAAUCUUAGGUUUUUUCCCCAGAACUGCAGCUUCCUGGAAGUCAGUGUCAGGCUGAAAAUGAUUCUUGACCGCACUGUGUCGAAGCUGUCCUUCGCUGGCACCAUGUGGCCCCCCGGUCCUGGUAUCAAAAAGGACAUCUGCUACUGUAUCCAUCUCUCUCUCCCCUGCCCCCUCUCUCCUUUCUGCAGACUCUUGUGUACUUUUGUCCUCAGAAAUCCUCGUUUUGGGAAUUAUUUAUUUGUGAGUAGUCAGGGUUACCACAUACUUCAAGUAGCCUGCUUUCAAGACGUCAUUCCAAAUUCUCAAAGCUCCUUGUCUCAGGUUUCGUAUUCCAGUUUUCCUCCAGAAAAUUGUUUGGCUAGAUCAAAGAAAGUGCACAGUAAGUGAUACUGAAUUAAUGAAAAUAAACUGGGGACUCUUGAGAUCUCUAAACAUUCCCUAUCUCAUGAAGAGUUUCAGUUAUAAAAGUCUUUUGGUGUUUAAAUUAUAAAAAUCUACCCAUCUCUCUUUUAAAAAUUAAACUCUCUGUUAGAUUAUUACUGCUAAAAGAAUUGGCCAUCAAGUAAGCUAAUAAUGUUUCUUAUUCAGUAAGGUCUAUUUUGAGAAUGUGUUAAAUUAAACAUGCUUAUAAAUCCAGAUUGUAUUGUCAUGAUAGAGGGAAAAACAAGGACUCUAGCUGGCAACUACUUGGGAGUUUCAAGUCAGAACAUUGUUAAUGUGGUUCCAACACUAGAGAAACAGAAUUAUCUUCAGAUGAAGCUUGAAUGCGCUCUCAUUCCCAAACCUUAUUUCAGAACUCCUUUUGUGUCCGUAUUUCUUACCUUCUGGCCAGUUUCACAUCACAGCCUUCUGAUGCCGUUAUACAUGUGAGCCAAAGAUGUAUGUAUGACUGAAGUGUUUGGUUUUAAAUGUAUAAAAUGGAACCAAAUGGAAAAAAUAGGGUGAGGAUGCACUAUAGGUUAGUAGUUAAGUUCAUAGGCUCUGGAAUAAAUCCGAGUUUUAAAAAAAGGAACUGAGAAAGGUACUGCAUUUUCUCUGUGGAAUAAACAAACCUCUGAGUUGUGCUGUUUUUCAUAAGCUUUUGGCGGGGUCGUGACUCACUGUAUGUAGCAGCAUUCCAAGUGGUCUUCCCAAUAGCUGAACUACUCACCGUCCACUGUUAUGCAAAGCUUAAGGGUUUGCUGUCUCAAGUCAGCUGAUGGUUGCUAAACACAAUUGGGCCCUUUGCGCACUGUGAGACAUCAUAAACAUACAUUGACUAGAGUGACCUCAGGUCAAAAUGUUGGAAUUACACAUCUGUUUCUGGGCAGGAUGCUGGAAGACGCCCAUGAGAAACAGCAAAUGUAAGGUCCAGCUUCGGAGUUCACUUGAAGCAAAAGUUUUUUUCCUCUUCCUGAGCAUAACCGCUCUGACGUAGGCUAAAAGGACCCAAUAAAAAACUAGCAGGUUCAGUAGUUGAGCAGUGGGAUUUGAGGUUUGUUUUCACUGUGAACCAAGUAAACAGGCAUAUGUAUGUGAAAAUGUUUUGGAAAUGGAGUUUCCCAAGUCAGCUGUGUUUAAAAAUGUUGAACAUGCCAGAAAUGGACAGGUUUACUAAACCUUUUUAUCAAGGUCACUUUUCGCCUUAUUCCCGUGGAGCUGUUUGACCCUUCCCCUGCUGCUUGGGACGGUGCGGCAUGAUUCCGUGUUUGAACCCGUGUGUGUCCGCUGUGAAAUGCGCUCGCGCCGUAAGCCCUGAGCUGAGUGCAUGGAAACUGUUUUGCUUCUCAUUUUAUGUGAUCUCUGAAUUGGUAUGUAGCAAAAAAUAAUUUUCUAAAACUGUUUUGUUGCUUGUUUUGUAAUAAAACCAUGUGAAAUACUGAAA